CUCGGUAAUAAUAGCUCACAGAUACGGCUAGGCAGAGAACCAUUAACGACGAGAAUCCUUUGUAGUUCCUGGUAACAGGAAGUGAUAACGGUGAAAACGAAGAUGUCAAUUUCGAUUUAAUAGUGUUAUCGUUUUGAAGCAAGCCGGAUAAUAUGUGAUUUUUGUGCGGGUGAUUUCCUCCAAACAGGUUCAGUGCGAAAGUAAAGAACGGGUUCAAAAUUUUAAAAAGAAAAGAAGAAGAUGUUGGCCGCAGUGGUGUUUUGGCUGGCGUAUGUAACGACUGCACUUGGGGUACUCUUGGUAGCUCUUUAUGGACAUGCCAGCUACAAGUUGUCAUACUGGAAGAGAAAAGGCAUCCCGACGCCUCCAACGAAUCUAAUUUUCGGGAACUUUAAGGAUACCCUGACUUUCCGCAAACCACCAGGUCAGGUCUUGCGGGAUAUCUACGAGAGCGCCAAUCCGGAUGCCCCUUACAUCGGGUUUUACAUAUUCCACAAGCCCAUGUUACUCCUGAGAAGCCCCGACCUGAUAAAGCAGAUCAUGGUAAAGGACUUCCACAUCUUCCCGAACCGCAGAUUCGGCGGCGAUGGAGAAAAGGACUCGGUCGGUCUGAUCAAUCUGUUGAGCAUCAAGCACCCGAAGUGGAAAUAUUUGAGGACCAAAUUGACACCCACUUUGACGGGGCAGAAAUUGCGAAAGAUGGUUCCGUUGAUGCAGGACUGUGGGGUGCCCAUGAUUAAUUAUAUCAGCAACAAAUCCAACGAGGCGGGAUGGAAGGAAUUCGAAUUGAAGGACCUCUGCUCGAGGUACUCCACGGAUGUGAUUUCUUCUCUCGCGUUUGGGAUCACGACGAACUCUUUCGACGAAAAGGAUACGGAUUUUUGGAAAGCAGGGCAGAGAGUAUUGACGGGCCUGAAACGUGGGAUUAUUCUGCUGGUCCAUUUCUUCAUGCCUGAAUUGUCGGGCUUCUUGGCACCAAUGGCAAAGAAACCAGCUGAGUUCUUCCGUAUGGUGUUUUGGGACUCUAUGAACACAAGAGAGCGGGUCGGAAAUAAGAGAGGAGACCUUAUCGACUCCUUCCUCACGUUAAAAAAUGGAGAACAGAAUCCCGAAUUCAAAUUCGAGGGAGACAAUCUACUCGCUCAGGCUGUGGCAUUUUACAUUGCUGGAUUUGAAGCGACAUCGACUACGACUGCGUUUACACUUUUUGAAUUGGCUCAUUACCCUGAAUACCAAACUCGAGUUUACGAGGAAAUCAAACGAGUAAUUGACUCGCAGGGGUUGACAUUGGAAUCAAUAAAUGAUAUGACUUAUCUGGAUCAGGUAGUGAACGAGUCGUUGAGGUUGCAUCCUCCAUUACCAUUGAUAGAUCGAAUUGCUGAACAGGAAUACGAAAUUCAAGAUACGGGACUGGUCCUUGAGAAGAAUAUCCCAGUUUACGUGUCCAUAAAUGCUAUAAAUCAUGAUCCUAAGUAUUUUAAGAAUCCCGAAGAAUUUAUUCCAGGGAGAGAAAAAAGCAAUGAUAUUUUAGGCGCAUCUAUGGCCUUUGGUGUUGGUCCUAGGUCUUGUGUGGGUCAACGUAUUGGGCAAAUUAUUACGAAAAUGGCUGUUAUCACAAUUGUAUUAAAAUAUCGACUUUCUUACAAACUGGGCAAUGAAACAUCACUGAAUCCCUUGACUGUAUUUACGACUGCCGCAAAUGGAAUAUACGUACAAUUGGAAGAAAGAAAAUAACGUGUAUAUGCGUAUACCUAAUAUUUGAAUAAAAAGAACUAUUGAAAUUCGUGCAA